AUGGAUCAACCAUCUCCAAGCCGUGCCUCAUCACCCGGCACAACAAAGCCAUCGGCCGUCCUACACGAAAAACCAGACCACUCCGACCCAGAACACACAUCCGUCCUCCACGGCAAUGUCACAGUCCAGUCCAUCAAGCCCUUCACCACCCUCUCCGCCCUGGGCAUCGGCUACGGCACCACCAACACCCCCAUCGGCCUGCUUCUAGUCCUCGGCACCGCCCUCCCCAUGGGCGGCUCGCCUCUCUUCUUCUGGGGAUUCCUCAUCAUGGCUGUCGUGGGUCUCGCGACGGCCACCACGCUCGCCGAGCUGGCCUCUGCGAUGCCUCACCCCGGCGGCCAGUACAUCUGGGUGAACCGCCUGGCACCGCCUCGAUAUCGACGGUUCCUGUCGUAUCUCACCGCGCUUGUUAGCUGGCUGGCCGCCGUGGCGACGGGCUCUUCGUCGUGCUUGUCCGUGCCUACUGGUCUUUGUGCAAUUAUAUCGCUCCUGAACCCUAAUUUUGUGUAUAAGCGGUGGAUGGGGUUCGUCGGCUUUCAGCUGCUCAACCUGCUGACUGUCUUUGGGGCGAGCUUCGAAAUGGCCCUGCCUCGGAUCUCAAAGGUCAUGCUGCUGUUUAGCUGUCUGACUAUUGGUGUUAUUUUCAUUACUUUGUUUGCCAUGUGCGAUAACCAGCGCAUGUCCGCAAAGGACUUCUUCCUUACGUCCCUCAACGUUACUGGGUGGCCGAAGGGGGUUGCUUUCAUCAUGGGCAUGAAUGGUGCGAAUUGGAGCUUUUCGUGUCUCGAUGUAGCUACCCAUUUGGCUGAGGAGAUGCCUCGUCCUGCUACUGAUAUCCCCAAGGCGCUGAUGUGGACCAUCGUGGUUGGCUUCAGCACCGGUCUCCUUGUUGUUACAUCUGUACUCAUCAACGCCGGUACCAUUGGUGCAGAAGACGACCUCACAGCAUUGGGUCUAUUCUACCGCAUCACGCAGAGCAAGGCCGCCGCCGUGGGCCUCUGGAUUCCCGUUCUGAUAACCACCGCCGGCGCAGUCUGGUCUAUACAGACGUGGCAAUCUCGUCUCGCGUGGACCAUCAGCCGUGAAGCCGGCUUCCCUCUGCAUCGCCAUCUCAGCAAGAUUACGCCAGCGCCGCUACACACCCCUACAUGGUCGUUGUUGUUUUCCGCCACCGGCACCGCCAUUUUCGGCUGUCUUUAUCUCGGGUCUGAACUCGCCUUCAACUCCCUCAUCUCCACGGGCCUGCUGCUCCAGUACAUCAGCUACAGUAUUCCGGUUAUUCUUGUCCUGUGUCAGGGCCGCUCUAACUUUAAGCACGGCCCAUUUUGGUUCCCGAAGCUGGGGUUGCUGGCGAACAUUACCAUGCUUGCCUGGUCUGUGGUGGCGCUGGUGUUCUACUGCUUCCCGAAUUACCUUCCUGUGCUGGCGUCGCAGAUGAAUUAUGCGGCGCCUGUGCUGGCUGGGGUUUUUAUUGUCAUUCUUUCGCUGUGGUUCUUGCAUGCCAAGAAUAUAUAUGAGGUGAAGGAGAUUUUGGCCUAG